CGCCCUUCAAUUGUUCUGUUCCAAGAUCCUUCACUUUUUUUUUCUCUCUUCAGGUGCUAAUUUUAACCUUCUGUCUCUCUCUCUCUCUCUCUGAAAUCAAUUAAAGGUGUCAAGAAAUGGGUAGAACGCCUUGUUGUGACAAAAAUGGAUUGAAGAAAGGUCCCUGGACUCCAGAAGAGGAUCAAAAGCUAAUUGAUUAUAUCCAGAAACAUGGCCAUGGAAGUUGGAGAACUCUACCCAAGAAUGCAGGGCUUCAGAGAUGUGGAAAGAGUUGCAGACUUCGAUGGACAAACUAUCUGAGACCUGAUAUCAAGAGAGGAAGGUUCUCCUUUGAAGAAGAAGAAACCAUAAUUCAGCUUCACAGUAUUUUGGGUAACAAGUGGUCUGCCAUUGCUGCUCGCUUGCCGGGUAGGACUGAUAAUGAAAUCAAGAACUACUGGAACACCCACAUUAGAAAGAGGCUUCUGCGAAUGGGAAUUGACCCUGUAACUCAUAGUCCAAGACUUGAUCUUCUCGAUCUCUCCUCUCUUCUUAGCUCACCUCUCUACAACCAAUCUCAACUGAAUAAUGUGUCUAGAUUUCUUGGGAUUCAACCUCUCAUUAAUCCUGAGUUCCUGAGGUUUGCCACUACUCUCUUAUCAUCCCAAACCGACAACAACAACCCUGACCUUGACCUUCAUCUUCUACAAAAUCUCCAAGAAAACAACCAACUCUGCAACUCCCGAGUUCAAACACAGUUCCCUUCUUUCGAUUCUAAUCAAAUCCAAAACCCAAUUCUGAAUGAAAACCAUCUAUUGCAGACCAAUGUGGACCAGUUCCCUUCAAUUUGCCAUGAUUCCCAAACCAGCUGUGCCUGGCAAGACAAUGUUGCUCUUCCUUCUAAUUUGACAGAGAAUUUGAAUAUUCCUAUGUCCAAUUACUGCUACAACAACAACAGCUCUGACCAAUCGUUGGUCGACCCUGUUUCUGAAAACUCAAAUUUACAAUACAACAACUGCAAUUACCAGAAUUUAAUCUUUCCUUCGGUCCUCUCCACACCUUCAUCACCAAGCCCAACUGCUUUGAAUUCAUCUUCCACAUACAUCAACAGCAGCACUGAAGAUGAGAGGGAUAGCUAUUGCAGUAACAUGUUGAAAUUCGAACUCCCUGAUAUCUUGGACGUCAAUGAAUUCAUGUAAUCAUGUCAAGAUGAGCCACAAGACAAGAGCUUUAAUCUUUUUUUCUUCUUUUAGCUUUCUGGGUUUUUGUGUUUGUUGUUGAUACUGUAAAGUCCAUACCGAAUUUUGUUGUAAUUCUUCUGAAUCUUUUACUGUAUCAAGACAAGAUCUUCCCCUGUUUUCAUAGAAACUUCCAUCAUUGAUCA